AGGAAGGAUGGAAAAUGAAGGCACUUCACAUACAGAUAUAAGAAAAUAUCCAGAAAAUACAAACACUUUACUACUACUGAGGAAUAGAGAAAGGCAUGGUCGACAUAGACAGAAUAGAGCCUCCUACAAAAUCCUAAAAUCUCUUAUUUGUGGGGGUAAUUAUUCCUAUAAAAAAGUAUGGCAGAAGAAUUCAGACAAACGAAUUGCAUGUGAAGGAGGCAGAUUAUACUUUGAAAACUUUCGAAUUUGGUAUGGAGGAUACAAUUUGAAGAAUGAGCCAAAAUGCUUACAAAUAAAUCAACCACGCAGUCCUAACAGGAAAAUAGAGGAUGCACUUGUAGCUUGUGUACACUCGGAGUGCCUUCCCUUACCUAAUGAUGGUCACAUGUCUAGUUUAUAUUGUCUUGAGAACAAGUGGCUGUUACGAUUUGUUUUGGAUAAAAAACAGGUGUUGCCUGUAGAAUCUGUUUUUCUUUCACCAAAUCGAAAGUUCAGUGAUAUAUCCUGGAAUGAGCCGCACAAAUCCUUGGUCCUACGUACAACACACAAUUCACGCUCAAAUCAACAGCGUGUCCGAGAGGCUGGUGCACCUGUUCCUAUUCUGAUGCUAUUAGCAGUCUUUGAGGUGUGCCCACUCAGCUUUGUUGGCAUGCUCAAGAUUACCGAGAAAGUAUUUGGUAAAGAUGUAGUACAUGCAGGGCUCUCCCAAGGCUUUCUUAUUACGAUGCAUCAUUCUGGAUGGGUGAAGAUGUACAGCUUUGAUUGGAUUGUAGAAAAGUAUCGUAAGUUUGAGGCCAAGCUAUUUGAGGAAUUUAAUGCUGAAGGAAUGAUUUGUGGGGAUGUGCCCUUUGGUCUGCCCUGUAACAUACAAAUUACAGAGUGUCCCCCAGUUCUGUUCAAGGUGCGAUGUGCCCAGCACAUUGUAGAUGUUGGCGGCUUUCCCUGGCACUACCUCAUCUCUCCUUACAGCACCAAACAAAGCUGCUUCCAUGUCUGUAACCUCACCACUGGUCAACUGGCCAAUAAUGGCACUUUAGCAAUGGAUGUUACUAACCUUGAAACAGACAAAGCCAGCUUCUACGGAGAUGAAUCGGGCAGAAUACUCUACCUAGGAGCUGCAGACAUCAGACUUUUAAAAAUAACUGCUGGUGACACAGGUUGUCAAGUAUAUGAGGAUUUCUCCAUUGACUUAUCAAGAAGUAUAAAGGAGGAGAAAGCUUUGUAUACAUCUUCAGGGCGUAGCAUCAGACGUAAAGUGUCCACAGCUGAACUCCAGGAUAAUUCAGAGGUGACCAUAUACAAUGUGGAUUAUGAGAAUGAAUUGGACUUGCUGUAUACCAGUGCUGUGUACCAUGAUCCUGAAGGGACAUAUAACAUGCUGAAUCUCUACCACAACACCACUGGAGCCUUGCUGCGUGGUGUGCACCUUGAUGAACCAUGGCAGGAGGUUUACGAGCACCGUGUCCAUGUCGAUUUAGAUACAAUGAUAAAGAUUGUGAAGCCGUCCCCAGGAAAGUUCUGCUGUAUUGUGUACAGACUUUGCUCUAAUGCAGAGGAACAGGAGAAGGAUAAAACACCUAAAUCUACCCCAAAAAAUCAGAGAACUGAGCACAGGAGGAGGUCACGAACUCAAGCUGUACAUAGGAGGUCAAGGUGAUGAUUCACUAUACACAAGCAAAAUACUUGGCAAAUGACUUUAGGAGGAGGUCAAGGUCAGAGUAUUCACUACUCCAAGGAAUAGACUGAAGGAUCUCCAGGUCACGAAAUUGACUGCCACUGAACAAAGAUGAGCUCAAAUCAAUGUGAUCUACCUUCAAACUUGAGCUCAAAGUAAUGUGAUCUACCUUCAAACUUGAGCUCAAAUCAAUGUGAUCUACCUUCAAACUUGAGCUCAAAGUAAUGUGAUCUACCUCCAAACUCAUCGAAACUAACUGCAGAAGGAGGGCAAGGCAAUAUUAACUACACAUUUUUAACAUGACAAUUAUCUGCCUUCAAACACUUUGUUGUGGUUACUAGCCCACCAGACCUGAAAGGUCAAGUGAGCUUAUGCCAUGGUACGGCAUCCGUCAUCCAUCCAGCAUUAGCUUUUCUUUUAAAAGACUUCACCUUAAUAACUAAGAGUACAUAGCGUAUCACAUUUGGCUGAUGGGUUCCUAAGAUGCAUUCUGUUAAAGGUAAAAAAAUGAAAUGACCUUGACCUAUAUUUAAGGUUAUAAGGGUCAAACUUUUGAUUAAUCUAAAGGCGGAGAAUCAAGAUGCUUGGCUGGUAAUGUUCCUGAGAUGAGCACAAUGUUUAAAAAAAGGCAAUAACCCAUAUCUAAGGUAACAUUGGUUAGACUUGUUAAAAUGCUCAAAAAACUUCUGAGUUUAACUGAUAGGUUUAGAAUCAUAAUACUACCUGGUUGUAUUCUUAGAUGAAGCCAGACAGAAGUAAAUUGUUUGAAGUUGUCCAAAACGUGAUUCAUCAGAUGUAGACAAAUAAUGUUUACCUUACAGUGCAAACAUGUUGGUAAUUUGUAUAUCUUCUGUCAUUUUUUGGCAUUUGAAAGAGUUGCUCAAAAUACAUGGACUUUUAACUUGCAUUAUUUUUGUAGUGUAAUAUGAACUAUGAAUACCAUGGAAAUAACCAAUACAAUGUCAGCUUCAUCCUUGUGGUAUUUCUUGGUUAAAUUACAUACAAUGCAAGUAACAGUAGAAAUGUACAUGAUAUAUUUACUUUAUAAAUUAACUGAAAAAAGGUUAUUUUUAUAAUAAUUUUGUUUAUUGCUUAUAAUUAU